GACACUUCGAGUUAAGAAGCGGCUGUGUCACACAUUCCCUCCUCUCUCACCACACAAGGCGCCCAUUGCCUCAGCAAGCCGACAUAUAUAAAUAUAUACAGUCGACCCCUUCCAGUCCUUCCAGUCACCCAACUCCUCUCCUGUCCCAAUCCCCAACUAGCCACUCUCCAGUUGCAAUGGAUCGUUUCUUUGCCCCCAAUACCACUGAGGCCAUGGCCUUCAACCAUCUCUCCGAGAACUGGUUCAACUGGGAUACAGACCAUUCCUCCUUCAACGAGACGCUCAUCGCAGGCUGUGCCUCUUACCAAGCGUUCAGCCGCUAUCUCUCUGGCUCAGACAUUUUCAUCUUCCCCCGCUCGCGCUCCGAGCUUGAAGGCGUCCUGCGUAGAUACUCGUAUGACUCCAUCCAUAAUUCUAUCGCUCGCUCGCGUUCGACCCUUGAGCGUGGUGGCUACAGUCGUGCUUGUCACCUUGCUGAGCAAUCAAUUCGGAAUGUGCUGAACCAAAAUGACAACACUGCUGCCCUUCUUGCAAUGCACUCGCCUCAGCGUGCUCGGCAGGAAUCGAAUAGUCGUUUCACGCGUCCCACAGCCAAGGCAUAAAUGGCUGAUUCCCGACUCCAUGUCUCCAACUUCUUCCUAUCACCUCGGCUAUCAGUCGUCCGAGACCUUCAUUCAACACUCAGCACUUGUACCACUAUCCACUGCAGCACACCAUCAAACAUCAAAGAAAACAUAGGUUAAGCCCUGCGCAUGCGCUGUUAUAAUUUUGUACCUUUAGCGAUAACUUAUACCUUUGCGUUUCUUGUCAAUUUCCUGUAUAUACAACAUAUUCGAAUGUGCGGCUUCGGAACUUUACAUCAAUGCAAUGUUGGCCUUACUAUGCUGUGUUCUUCACAAUCUUGAUGGUUAUGCCGACUAAGCAUCACACUGUGACGCAAUUGCCCCUUUCUAUUAUGCCACGG